UCUCUAAUCCCCCCCCCCUCUCCCCCUCCACCACACACACACAUUCACCACAAUGAAACGACGGAAAGUUCACAUCUACUUUGCCAGCCUACAGACCAGCCUUAGUCUGAUAGCCCUCAGCUCUCUGCUACUCUGCCAACAAACAGAUUCCGCAAUAAUACCCCCACCCUGGAGUGAUCCAGAUAAAAAUCCAUGUGCCACCAUGCCCGGCGGCUGGCAAUUACUCUAUUGGCCACCAUUGAAGAAAUGUUUUAAAAUUUUUAGUCUAGGUUAUCCCUGCCCCGAGACAAUGGAACUGAGUCCCACAAUUCCCAUUGGGUCGAGUAAGAAACGCCAAAUGUCAAAUGCCCCUGUGGCCGAAUGUCGUUGUCCGCCGGGCACUGCGUUAAGUGGGCAGACCAACAAAUGCUAUAAAAUCUAUGAGCGAGGUCCAUGUGCCAAGGGUCAGUAUUUUAAUCCGGUAGCAGAAAUGCAACAGGGUAAUAAGAGGACCACAAAUCGUUGGGGUGUUUGCAAAACACCCAAGACAUGUCCAGAAAAUCAGCUGUUCUGGCCUCAGGAUGGUAAAUGUUAUAGCCGGCUAACCAAAGGUCCCUGCACCCGGGGAAAAUUAUUAGUUUCAAAUGAGGAUGGUCUGGCGGAAUGUAGGUGCGAAGAUUCUGGCGAAUUGAAACCCUUUUAUUAUGAUUUGGAAGAUAGCUGCCAUGAACACUUCACAAAGGGACCCUGUUCAACACCGGGGCACUUAUUUUUGCCCGGUGGCAUUUGUGAUUGUCAUCGGAGGUUACCGCAUUAUCAUGAGGACUACCGGAUGUGUUAUGAAUUAAAUACCCCUGGACCUUGUCCGCCGGGUAAUAUCUUUACCCUGCCGGAAAAUGUAACGGGUGGAGAAGAUGAAAGGGAUUUGAGCACAUUGAUGGCAAGAGCCCAGUGCCAAUGUAAGGAAGGCUAUGUACCAUGGUCGGAUGGUUUCUGUUAUCGCCUGUACACUCGGGGACCCUGCGACCAGAAUGAGUUCCUGGUGAAUGCCACAACUUGUGUGGAGAACUUCUGUGGUAAAAAUCGCCUAUAUUUCCCUGAUCAGAAGCAAUGUUAUCGCAUUGGUUCACAGGGACCCUGUGAUCUGCAUCAAGUUGUAGUUUUUGAUUUCACGGCCCGACCCUCCGUGGAUGGUAUCUCGUACAAUGGCAUGUGUGGUUGUGCUGGUAUUAUAAUGAAUUUAGAUCAGCAGUGUUCAAAACCCUCGGAGCCAAUGACAAAUACUUGCGAAUCCACACCGGGUAUGGUGGAGCUGGAGGGAAAUUGUUAUAAAUUAUAUUCCAGGGGUCCAUGUGGCCCGGGACAAUGGUUGGAACCCAUCAAAUCUGUAACUACUUCGGAUACAGCCAGGCGCAUACAAACCAAGGCGAAAUGUGUUUGCCGACCAGGCUAUACGGCCGUCGUGAGUCCCGAGAAUUCCACCACAACCAUAGAACGUUGCAAUGCACCCACCGUGGGUUUGGCCAGGUAUUUAACGGAAAAUUCCCUACAACAAAGACAAAACUCUAAGUUUCCCAUAACCCUGUUUUCAACUAAUUUUCCAAAUCGUAAUUUCUAAGACACCAACACCAUGUUGUACAAAAAAACAAAACAAAACUAUGCAUGUUUCUUGGAAAAAUACAAAAAAAAUGUGAUUUACUUUCUCUAUCUGUUCUACUGCCAUGGAUCUGCUAUUCUUGCCCUGAUUUUCCUACUGUGCAUGUUUCAAAACCUAUGUAUUCUUUUUCGUCCACCAUUAUUUGUUUUGUAUUUAUUGUUCAAAUUUGUUAAUUUAAAUUGAAAUUGUUUUUUGUUUUAA